AACAUUUCUCAAGGCCUAGCCUGUCACGAGGUAAGAAGGGAGCUGGACCUAGAAGAUUAGGACAGAGUAGCAACAAAUGGAGGAAUUGUUUGUACUAGAUACAUUAGUAAGAAUGGAAUGCUUGAGAACCAUUUUGCAGGAAAGAUAAGGAUAGGGGCAAAAGCGUGGUUCGACACAACAGUUGGGGAAGCAUCCCAAGAAGAGAAGUGAAGAUCUCCCUCCUGCCGCUGUUGUCCGGACAUCGGGAACGGGUAAUAUGUUUUCAGUUCUGUUUGCUAGGCAGAGAAGUAAUAAUAGUAGUAGUAGUUGGUCCGCUUGAAACACAGAAGUCAGGUUAGGCAGCACGAGUGAGGUGCUGGGCUAAGAGCUGAUUGUUUCUGUUGAGUUUAUAGGAGCCAUUCUGUGUGAUUGUUGUGAUUAAGUAUUGUUUUUAUAGGAUUGGUUGUGUCCGAGGGUUUACCGGGCGCCAGUAUUACAGAAUCAGUUGUCCCUGAGGGAUUUCCAGAUGUGUAUGUUGAGGUGCGGGCAUUGUCAGAGACUACAGGCCACAUGGAACAAACUGGGAGACAAAUACAACAACAUGGAGAAAACUCCAGUGCACGUAGCCAAAGUUGACUGCACCGAAGAUACCCAGAUCUGCUCAGAGAAUGGGGUCCGAGGUUAUCCCACACUCAAGUUGUUUAAACCUGAACAAGAUGCUGUCAAAUAUCAGGGACCUCGAGACUUCGAAUCGCUGGAAACAUGGAUGAUUCAGACAGUGAAUGCUAAACCUGCUGAACUAGAAGCUGAGCUGGAAACUCCCCAAAUCCCUGAAGCCAAGCAAGGCUUGUACGAGCUGUCAGCAGAGAACUUCAAGUCACAUACGGCACAAGGUUUCCAUUUCAUCAAGUUCUUUGCCCCGUGGUGUGGGCAUUGUAAGGCUCUGGUCUCCACAUGGGAACAGCUGGCAUCAAUGUACGAGCAUUCGGGCAACCUGAAAAUUGGCAAGGUGGACUGCACUAUCAAUCAGCAACUUUGCUCUGAUAAUCAAGUCCGUGGAUACCCAACCCUUAUGUGGUUUAAGGAUGGAGAAAAGAUCGAUCGUUACGGAGGGAAGAGGGAUCUGGACUCUUUGAAGCAGUUUGUGGAUUCCCGGUUAAAUGCGGCUCAACCUUCUGAAGAGGAAGUAGCAACUGAUGAAGCUGAGCAGGUGGAGGAAGAGCCGGAGAAGGUAGAGGCAAAGGAGGAUCUGUCUGGUGUGCUGGUCCUGACUGAAGAUAGUUUUGAUGAGGCCAUUGCCACAGGUGUUACUUUUGUGAAGUUUUAUGCUCCAUGGUGUGGUCACUGCAGGAACAUAGCACCAACAUGGGAGGAUCUUGCCAAUAAGGACUUUCCUGGUUUAAGUGAGGUCAAGAUUGCAAAAGUAGACUGCACAAUGGAGCGUACCCUCUGUAAUAGAUUCUCUGUCCGUGGUUAUCCCACGUUACUCCUGUUCCGUGGUGGUGAGAAGGUUAAAGAACACAAUGGAGGAAGAGACCUGGAGGCUCUCCACAGUUUUAUACUACAGCAGGCCAGAGACGAGCUGUGAAAGAUGCACUCCCUCCCUGUUACCACCUUGGCCUCACCCUUGCUAUUAUAAAUAUAGCUUUGAGAAUGUUUUUAAAAUUUGAACGUGCAAAAAACAAUUGUUUUUAAAAAUUCUUUUCCAUUUUUCUUAAUUACCAGUGAGGUGAAGCCAACUUUUCAGGGUUCCUGUAAGAUUACAUUGGCUGGUGUCCUGUGUAGCAAUGCAGGGAGUGUGCUUGUCUCAUGGGCAUUUGUCUUUUUAAAGUAUCUGCAUAUGUGGUUCAUCUGGCACCAGUCAGUCCUGGUAGCAGUAGCUGCUUUGUAAUUUGCUGUGAAAAGCAAAUUGACCCAAGUACCUCAGCCUAUCAUCAAGCCCCCCCAUCUCCUGCAGCUAUUAAAACCUAAGGAAGUGUGUGUGAUGAUGGUGUGUAUUUCUAGCUUUUAAGUGUGACUGGAAGUAGUAACCUUGUCAAAAUUGAUAUUUUUAUGUUACAAUUUUUUUUUCCAACCAGUUCUGAGGGUAGGACUUGAAAGCAGACAAUAAGUAUCACAGGGAUUAAAGUAAAUAUAGCAUCAUGAGAAAUUAAACAGGAAUGCAGAUAGUUACAGCAGCUUCCAAUGUGAAGACCAACAUUACACAAGGAAUAACUAGCUUUCUGAGAUAACCCAGUCAGGAUAUCUACAGACACAUUCCUCUAAUCUGCAUCUCUGAUUACAUUUACAAAGAUUAACAUUUUGAGUCCUUUAUUUUAUACACUUCACUCAAUUUGGCAGAUGGCAAAGUAUAUAUCCUUAAAUGCAACACAGUCUGUUAACCCACUCAGUUGGAUGAAGGUUGUGCAGAAAGAAAUGAUCAAUGUUGGGUGCAUGUUUAGGAAUGGAAUAGCAUAAGCAAAAUUGAACAGGAAAACCACUUAAUUUAAUCCUUUAUUGUUAGCACAUGGUGUAAGAAUUAACGGUUGAUGGAGAAAAUAACAUUUGUAAGUACAGUUGGCACUUCACUUCUGAAACUUUUGUACAAAACACAAUUAUUGGAAUGUGGUACGACAGAAUGUCAAUAGUUUACACAACUUGACAAUUUCUAAUAAAUUUCUUAAGAAAA